AUGGAGCACAACAUGAUCACUAACCUCAUAUUCUCUUCAAUCGGGUGGUUGUAUUCUCAUUUAUGGUUCUCAGAUAUAGCCAAGGCAAUGUCCAUCAUUUUUAUCGUCAACUCCAUACUUCAAAGACUCACUACAAAGGGUCCUAUGAUAUGGCCAUUUCUUGGAAUAUAUCCAACAGCUACCUUAUAUAUAAUUAAUUUUUAUGAGCGGGGUACUAAUGCUUUGAUCAAGUAUGGCGGAACCAUUUACUUUAGAGGUGUCUGGAUGGGUGGCACUUUUGGAUAUAUCACAUGUGAUCCUGUUAAAGUCGAAUACAUGCUCAAGACAAACUUCAAGAACUUUCCGAAAGGGAAAGCUUAUAAAGAAAGAUUUUAUGAUUUUCUUGGAGAUGGAAUCUUUAAUGCAGAUGAUGAAUUAUGGAGGAUGCAACGUCGUGUGGCUAACUCUGAAAUGCAUUCAACUCGCUUCAUAAAGUUCUCCAUGGAAUCCAUAAAAUCGCUAGUUCAUGACAGGUUGUUGAAGGUUUUGGAAGCUAAAAAAGGGUCUGUCAUUGAUCUGCAAGAUGUGCUUUUACGUUUUACUUUUGACAAUACUUGUGCAGUGGCAUUUGGUGUUGAUUCGGGGUGUUUAGCGGUUGAUUUACCAGAGACUCCCUUUGCAAAGGCCUUUGAGAAAGUGACUUUUGCAAGUCUAAUGAGGUUCUUGGUCCCUCGUUAUGUAUGGAAGCCAAUGAAGUAUUUCAGAGUAGGAUUUGAGAAAACACUGCAUGAAUCUGCCAAAAUUGUGCAUGAUUUUUCGGAGAAAACAGUAAGAGAAAGAAAGAUGGAAUUAUUGUCUAAUAAAGAUGAAACGAAUGGUAGUUCAAGGUGUGAUCUUUUGUCAAGACUGAUCAUAAUGGAACAAGAUAAAAAAGAAGUCUUUUUUAGUGAUAAAUUACUUCAAGAUUUUUGCAUAAGUUUCAUCUUAGCAGGUAGAGACACAAGCUCAGUGGGGUUAUCAUGGUUUUUCUGGUUAAUUGCCAAAAACCCAUCAGUAGAAACCCGAAUCCUAGAAGAACUUCAUAACAUCAUACAACAACGCGAAGACCCCAACAAGGAAAAUCAAGAAAACAUAGUAUUUACAGAAGAAGAACUCAAGAAAAUGGUGUAUCUACAAGCAGCAAUAUCUGAAUCCUUACGUUUGUACCCUCCAGUCUCAUUUGACUUCAAAGAGCCGCUAGAAGAUGACAUUUUCCCAGAUGGCACUGUAGUAAAAAAGGGUGCACGGGUGAUUUACUCUAUUUAUGUAAUGGCUAGGAUGGAGAGCCUUUGGGGAAAAGACUGUUGUGAGUUUCGGCCCGAAAGGUGGAUCAAAGAUGGCGAGUUCGUGAGCCAGAGCCAGUUCAAGUACACAGUGUUUAAUGCAGGGCCGCGUUUAUGUGUUGGCAAAAAGUUUGCAUAUAUGCAGAUGAAAAUGGUGGUUGCUUCAGUAUUAUUAAGAUAUAGUUUGAAACUAGUUGAAGGUCAUAAAGUAUGUCCAAAAGUGAACACCACACUUUACAUGUUGUAUGGGUUAUUGGUUAGGAUGGAGCCAAGGGCAAAGAUUAUGGACUGA